GGAAACUUGUUAAGAAUCAGAGGGUAAUAUGUCUCAGUACACCCGGAAAGACCCUCCAUGGAGUCAUGUUAGUGCUGCAAGUGCUGGGCUAAAUCAGACUUUUAUACAGCAGAACCAGUCAUUAUUAGGUGCCCAGCCUGGUGUAGUAGGUACCCCUACCACUGUCUAUGGUCAAUCUAUGGUGAGCAGUGAUGGGUUAACAGGAGCUACAACAUCAUACUCUACUCCACAGCAAACCAUGCAACAAAGACAAAAUAUUGCCAUACAACAGCAACAAGCAGCUGCCCAGAAUGCUGCAGCGGCAGCAGGUUCUCAGGGAGGUAUAACCCCUCAGCUAACAUUUAAUAACCGAACAACCAAAGCCACACAAGGAGGACAGAGAGUCUUUACUGGAACGGUCACUAAGCUAAAUGAUACAUUUGGCUUUGUGGAUGAAGAUGUUUUCUUUCAAACAAACACCCCAAAAGGAUCCAUGCCCAAGAUUGGCGAGCAUGUAUUGGUUGAAGCUACCCAUAAUGCCAGCAUGCCAUUUACAUGUAAAUGGAAUGCUACUCGUAUACAACUCUUGAAUAGUCCUAUGGAACAACAGGUUGCUCAGGCGCCACCACCACAACAGCAGCAACACCAUGCUACCAUGAAGAUGCAACAACUUAAGGUUAGUGGAAAUUCCUAGCAGAAAACUUGCAAACAACUUAUUGAAACUGCCAUCUGCCUUGACAAAAACUCUUAUUGAUAUUUUGCAUCACUCAUAGCAAAAAUGGAACGGUGUGAAAUUUAAAAUUCCAUUGGAAUUAACUGAAAUAUCCAUAAAUUUUGACUUAAUAUAAAACCAAGGAUUUGUGCUUUAAAAUGGUUCGGAUUGAUUUGAUUUGAUUUUCCCUACUCACUGUCUCCUUGUAUCCUGCUUUGUUAUUACAGCUAAUGCAACAACAAUAGUAACCAAGUUGCAUUGAAAGCGUUUCUCAGCGAUUUAAAUGUUAAAGGACAGAAAAGUAAACUUUCUUACUGACAGAAUUUCCAUUGAGUAUCAAAGUCACUUUGCUAUUCAGGCGACCUGCUGAAUGAAAAUUGAUAUACAUUGAUCAAUAGUAUCAAUAUUUUCACCAAAUCCUACUUGUCAAAUAUAAAAUUCCGGACUAAAUGAUUUUUGUACCCCCGCCAAACAAAGUUUGAAGGGGGUAUAUACAUUAGGAAUCAGUGUACGGUCGGUUGGUCGGUCUGUCCGUUGCAAAUCUUUUGCAUCAAACUUGUCAGUUUUAAACCAAUUCUCAUGAAACCUGGCACACAUAUUAGUGUUAGGGUAGAGACGUGCAAGACCCAUUUUCAGUAUGCGUCAGACAUUGUGUUUAUUAUGGCAAAAAUGAGGUAAAAAUCUUGCGCAUCGAACCACUUCCUCACUUUUUAAUCAAUUCUCAUGAAACUCGGCACACAUAUUGGUGAUAGGGUAAAGAUGUGCAAGACAUAUAUUUCAUGAGUGUCGGAAAUCAACUAGCCAUGGUAACAACAUAAUAUAUGGCCCAAAUUAGGUAAAAAUCUUGUGGUUCGUACUACUUUAUCAGGUUUUAACCAAUUCUUAUGAAAUUUGGCUCACACAUUGGUCUUUGAGGUAAAGAUGUGCAGGGCAUAUUUUUCCAAGUGUUAGAAAUUGUGUCGCCAUUGUAACAACAUAUUAUAUGUCAAAAAAAUUAGGCAAAAAUCUUGUAAUUUGAACUACCUCAUCUGUUUUUAAGUGAUAUUUAGCUCACACAUUGGUCUUGGGGUAAUGAUAGGCAGACAUAUUUUUUCAUGUGUUUAAAACUGUUGCUUUGGUAAUGGCGUACAGCGAGGGUAUUAAUCACCUUCAGUGAUAAUUCUAUUUUUUUAUGCAUGGGUUGUAUAUAGCCAGAGUUGUAAGUUGAAACUGUACUGGAUCGGGUGGAGGAUCAACGUAAGGGACUUAAUUUUUAAUGCUGCACUUUCAAGUUGGUUUUCAUGAAUUGUGACAAUUUUUUUGUAUUUUCGUAUUUACUAUUUUUAUUCUAUUAACAACAAACAGUUGAUAUAAAUAAAAAGAAAAAAUCCUAACAAGCAUAACACUAAAAUUUCAUCAAAAAUAGAAGGAAAAUUAGAAAUUUACGAUAUUCUAAAGUUUUGCUUAAUUUCACAAAGCAGAUAUAUGCACAAUUGAAUUACUUAAAGAGCAUAUUGACAACAUUUAGGUCAUGAUUGACUAGAUAUUAUCACUUAGAAAAAAAAGGAAAUAUAAUUACGAGGCACAUGCUAAAAAGUAUUGAAUCUUAAUGGUAUAUUAUAAGUUAAUUGUAUUGAUAAGCUGUUAUACUUUUGAUUUCUGUUGAUUACUUUACUAGCCAGCAAGAACUUGCUGUUAUUCAGAUUUUCAGAGGGAAAUGUUAUGCCUUUUGGUUAGGUCCCUUAAUGAUAAUAAUUAACAUUAUUUGUAUAGCGCUUAUCACAAAACAUGUCUCUGAGCACUUAGGAAAUAAUAGAAAGUGAGAAGGAAUUUCAGCAAAGAAUAAGUAAUUGUAUAGUUUACAGUAGACUGUAGACAGUUGAGGGGCUCCACAUGCAAAUGCUAUUUAACAAAAACGUAGGUUUUUAACAUGGAUUUGAAUUUCUCUGUUGAAUCUGCUUGUUUUAUACUUUGUGGUAGAUUGUUCCAUAGUUGAGGGGAUGUGGAAUGAAAAGAUCGUGAACAAUAAGACUGGGUAUUGGUAGCAGGAACUAUUAAGAGUGAUUUGUUUCUUGAGCGCAAGUUAGUGAAGGUGUUAUUAGCGCUAACAAGUCACUGACAAAUCAGCCACUAACACCAUGAAUAUUCUGAUAUUAACUCUUGAUGAUAGACUGGAAGGUGUUCUUCAAAUACUGUGUGAAUGAAUGUUGUAGUGGUAAUGGUAAUGGUUUAUUCAAAUUCAUUCGCAGCCAAAGGCUGAAUUGCAGAAUAUUUUACAAAAUAAGUACAAGAUUAUAUGAAAAUCAAUUGCAUAGUGACACAGUGCUUAAAAAAUUAAAAUAUUUAAAACAAACUUGCCUAUGUGGAUGGAAACAGGAUUUUUUUAUCCAUGCAUAAUCAAAAUUGAUAUAAACAGUUGGUGUUAUUAUACAUGUAUAUAAAAUGAGAAUAUUCAUAAAUAUACAUCAAAUUUAUCAAGCAAAACUAAAAAUCGUGAGAGUACGUUCAGCAGAAAUGUGUAAGGAGAAGAAGAGCAGAGAUAGAACAGAAAUGUGAGAAAGGAAAGAGAUUGAGAGAGAGAGGGGGGAGAGCAGAGGGGAGCACUAACAGCACUGAUAGCGAGGUUUUGCUUGCACAGAAGGAUAAUGUUAGCCCAAUCACUAGCUAGCACUGUUAGAGUAACAUUACAAGGUCGCACAAAAGCUAACAUUAGCGCUAAUGUUUGAACUAUUCACUAACACAGUGCCAAGGGCACCGAUAGUGACAAUGUUAGUGAAUAUCUCUUGGGUGUCUUGUGUAAAACCAGUCUCCUUUUUAUAUCAAGUGCUUUAAAAUAUACGUAGAUUGAAUUAAAAGGGUAGUCCAGCCUAGGGGCAGAUCCAUUUUCUUCUAAAAUGGCACAUUUUCCCGAGAAAAGGUUUGAUAAGCCCCCCCCCAAAAAAAAAAAGGUUUACGGUACAUCUAAUAUUUAAGGUAUUAUUGUCCCAACAAAAAUUGACAAGUAAAAAAAGGGUCCUUAAUUGCUUCCAAGGGGGGGGGGACACACAUGGGUAAAAAUGGCUGGCAUGUUUACAUAAAAAAAUCAUUAUUGCUUUGGAUCCGCCAGUGCUUUAGAGAGCAAACAGAAAACGGAAUGGAAUUAGAUGUGAAGACUGUAAUUUCAAUCAAUAAGAGAAUUCUUCAAUGGAAAAUAAUGAAGAAAGAUAAUGAACUGAAUGAAGUGGAAACUGUACAGCAUUUUUGAAAACAUUGAUGCCUAUCCAUGCCACCAUGAAUAUCCUAGAAUGGAAUUACGAAGCCAAGUCCCAUUUUCCUUUUUCAUGAUUGUUGUUAUUAAUAACUUAUUAUUACUGCUGUUAUUACCUUGUUUUCCCCAUUAAGUAUACCAACGAUAUAUUCAUGUUGUGAUUAUGUUUGUGAUUGCAAAACCAAUAAAAGCCAUAAAUAGAAAAGGUCCCAUACCUCAUUCCCCUUUUCCUGAUUUUACCAUGAACUGGUAAAUGUAUGUUUCAACAAGUAGGCCUAUGUAAUACUUGUCAAUGGUCAUGAUGAUUACUGAAGCAGUGGUCAUAUCUAAUUUCCACUGUAAGGACAAAUUCAGUUUAAAUGAACAUAACUUCAUAUAUAUAAAUUAAUAAGUGGGAAAAUUACAAAUGCAAUCAUCACCUCGACUGCAGUAAGUCAUAUAUAAUUUUUACGGAAGUUAUGCAAAACUCUAUCAUAUAUUUUCAAUUCAUUUUUUUUUUAAUUAGUCUUCAAUUGUUUGUAUGACUAUACUUCACAUCCUGCUUUCCUAUAUACAUGCACACCUCCAUAGAUGGAAGUCAUUCUUUCACUCUACGAGCAAACCUAUAUAGCCUCCCCCUAUCAAACAAUAAUUGAGUUUUGCCGUUCAUACAUUAGAUCAUUUUUCAUCGAUGUUAAGGUCUAUGAAUUAUGUUAAAACAGAACCUGGGGACCUACUAUGGUUAAAGACCCUGACCGGUGUAAAAACAAUCAUAUAUCAAAAUAAAGGUAAUGAUUCAUACAAUACGAAUAUACCAAAAAUAUUACAUAUAUCUCCUUCCAAUAGUU